AUGGACGAGAAACCUCGUUCACAUGAAGAGGCCGAGGGUCACAUCAAGCGAAUUCGGAGAAAUCGGGGCUUUGUCGAUGAUGGCGAGGCCAACUUCACGAACGUUAACCGUGAAGACCUCGAGGCAUCCAUUUCCAUCCUCGCUGAAGGGCUCUACGAAAAGUCAACGCACUUCUUACUGGAGCUCAUACAAAAUGCUGACGACUGUUCAUACGAUAUACAGACGCCCAAAUUGCUGAUCAGGUAUUGGAAUGGUCGUCUUCGCAUUGACUAUAAUGAGGUGGGAUUCACUCGGCGGGACGUUGAGGCACUCUGUAGAGUGGGUCGAAGUACAAAGUCCAACUCUGGAAAUCAAAUUGGCGAAAAGGGAAUUGGCUUCAAGUCCGUCUUCAAAAUCGCCGACGUCGUCUCGAUAUCCUCUGGCUACUACUCGUUCAAGUUCGACAGGACGACAACCAACCUGGGGAUGAUCACACCCCAAUGGGACACAUUUCCUGCAGAGCCACUUCCCGGGUUCACUUCAGUAAUGCUACAACUACGUGACGGCUAUGACCAGACGGAACUACUUAACGAGAUGAGAUCAAUGGACCCGAGAUACUUGUUGUUUCUGAGAAAAUUGAAGGAAAUCUACAUUGCAAUAUCACAUCCGGAUCGGCCCGAGUGGGAAACCACUCUACGCCGACGCGACGAUCAAGCCAGCGAUGAAUCUCGGCGGACGACAACCUUGAGUCAUGAUGAUCAGUCUAUGACUUACUUGGUCCGUCAAUAUAUCGCGAGUUCACUACCGUAUGAGCCAAAACGCGGUGGGCGCAAGAAGUCCUCGAUUUUGUUGGCAUUCCCGUAUACCAAUACUCAAAGGGACAAACUUGAGUCACAGCAGGUCUAUGCAUUCCUUCCAAUACGCGAUUACGGUUUCAAUGGAAGUAUAUGGCACUAUGGUUUUCUCAUUCACGCCGACUUUCUGCUCACCGCGAAUCGCGGGGAUAUCGACAGCUCAUCCCAAUGGAAUACCGCACUUCGCGAAGCCAUUCUGGAUGCAUUCAUGGAAGAUGCUCGGCACUUCCAUGACACGCCAUUUCGCUAUACCUGGCCUAGGUACAUACCUGAAAACACGUCUACAUUUGACUUCUUCUGGAGUUUCCGUACUGCACUAGCCGAGAAGCUUCGUGAAAGUGCCACGGUCGAAUCCGAGGAUGGACAGCUAAGGACACCGACCACGGUCAGAUAUGUACCGAAACAAUUCCGCGAUGAAAGCAACAUGCAUCUAAUUUUAAGCGAAACAACAAAAUCGACAUACUUGUCCCACAAGUAUUCCGAGUCCGAUCGUAAGCGUCUCAAGAACAUUGGAGUCACCACGCUAUCUGAGAAAGAGUUUCUUCAUGAUCUCAAAGAGUCUCUCGCGGCCCGUAACGUUUCCAUGUCCGAAGAAUGGCACUCCAAUGUCGCGAAAGCCCUGCUUCCAUUAAUCUCCAAUUUCGAACGGGAAAUAUUCGAUCUCCCUCUCAUUCUGUUGGGCGACGGGCGCCGGGUGACAGCCUCUUCAGGCACAGUAUUCUUCCCAGGAGACAGAAUAGAUCAUGCUGUUCCACCAGGCAUUGAGGUAUUUGAGGUUCAACGAGACAUUCAAAACGAUCCCAAUUGUGAGCGGCUUUACACCAACCUCCGGGUCAAGCCGUUUUCCGUUCCGGCUGUUCAAGCACUGAUUUUGAAGAAGCACUCAAAUAAGUUAUCAGAACCAGAGCCAUCUCGAUCCGAGUUGUUAUUGCAAGCACUCUUUCUCUUUAGGUCGGAGUGGAGGAAGCAAUCCAGCGAAGUUCAAUUUUGGGUCACCACAAGGACUGGAACACUACGUCGUUCACGCGAGGUGUAUGUUGAUACGGAUGAGAAUUACUCGGCAUCUCGAUAUCUGGAAAGAAAUACCGAGAAGUUUUCGUUCUUGCACAGGAGCUAUUACAAAGAAAUUGCUUCAGACGAACUUCCGGCGUGGAUAACUUGGCUGCACGAACAACUCGGCAUGUGGAAGGUUCCCCGUCUUGUCAAGGAUUCUCGCAAUAACCUCGACCCAGAGCUGUCAGAGGACUUUCUCUAUAUACUCCAGAAGCACCCUUCCCGGCAGUUUUUGGUGCUCCUAAAGGAGAAUUGGUCGAUAUACUCUCAGGAUACUCCUCAGAUUUCCCAAAACCAGCUCACAACUCUGCGAGCUCAAUUAGCGUCAGUGCCUGUCACUUGUCGGGAUGGCAAACAGCAUGUGUUAGAAACCACAUCCACGGGGUACUCCUUACCCGAGGAUUUCCGUUCGGAAUAUUCAUUCCUUCAACCGGUGCUUGACAUACCGAACCCGCAAGACCACAAAUGGACGUUUCUGAAAAUGUUCGGAGUCACCGUCAACGACGAUCUUAACACAUAUCUUGGGAUCUUAAACAACAUUCAAGGCCGUGAGGUCUCGGUCGAAUUUGUUCAUUGGCUAUACGACGGGAUUCAGGGUCGAAUCGAAGAUAAUCCAACCCUUGUGCGUGAACUAUUCAUGCAGAACGACUACGUUUACAUACCGUGUUCCUCCACCAAUGAUCCUCCACGUUGGGUCGCAGUGAGCGACUGCGUGUGGACCGGCCCCAAAUGUCUCACACAGUCUCUUGAGCUUAGCAACAUUCAUCCAGACCAUAGAAUACUCUUUGUGAAGUAUCUCAAUGUCCAGGAUGCCGGACUCGAGACUCUGAUAUCGGAAGCGAGAGCCAUCACAUCUUCGGCUCUGCUAUCCCGCAUCACUGACAUUUUCAAGGAACUCAACAAAAUCUUACCAGACUCGAUUUCUACCGAGGCUACGAAUGCAAUCCGGAGCCUUCUUGCACUAAAAAUCUUUCCGCUUGACGAAGGAGGUGAUUCUGAUGCAGGCUUUGAUGAGCUCUCCUCUGGCACGACCGAAUCUGAAUGGUACAUCGCCGAUCGACCACACCUUCGGCAGUGCUUCCAAGGUGUGGUGUCUUUACUCGCUCUCACUGUGGAAGACGUGCAGGCAACCAGACGGCUGAUAGGUACACUGAAUUUACAAAAUAGACUACUCUCCGAGGCUGCGAAGGAAAGUCGCAAAAUUCAUGGAGGUCGGGCACGAGGCAAGGAGACCGACAUGGUGUAUCGUGGAAAAACCAAGUUUUUCGAUCGCUUGAUGCCCGAAUCUAUACCACGAAGACAGGAAAUUCUGUUCCAGUUGGAGAACAUGGAAAUUUGGCACGCGGACAAGAUCCUCCUAGGGUGGAGCGUCGAGACAAUCGGUCCUACAUCAGGUGGAGCCCCUCAAGAAAGUUUGUUCGAUGACGAUGGUCUCCAAGCACUGGUGAUGCUUCCAACAGAAGCACAAGCGCUGAGAAUAUACCUCAGAGACGAGCACAAUUCAUCCUGCCUACCUCUAGAACUAGCGGAGCAACUAGCAGCCUUCUGCCAAGUUCCGGAGCACGUGGUGCUGAUAUACUUCAUUUUGAGCCAAGAGAAUUCCUCCCGUAUUGAGGAUGCUCUUGAUCGCCGAGGGUUCCCAAAGACAAGAGAAAUGAAAUCACGGGUGGCUAAUGCUACGCCAUGUUCGGCCACACCAGAGGGGAAUAAAGAGGGCGAAGAUGGCACGAGUGAACGGAGCUCAGCAAGUGCGGAAGGACCCCAAGUUUCCAAAGCUCCCGGCAGAAAUUACGCAAAAAUAUGGAUUGGUGGGGAUGACGAACAGCGGGAAGAUGAGGAGCCACAGUUGAACAUUGUUAGUGACGAUGAGGAGGCCAAAAGUGACAUUGACCAGCAUAAAUCUCCAGGUGAAGGUCUUCUGGCUUUGAAAUCUACGGACAAUCAAGCCACUGAGAGCCGGCACACCGGACCGGCGGCUUCAACAAAGCUAACGGCGAAUGGCGAACAUACUGUCCCUCAGUCAAACACCGCCAAUCCAACACCACCCAAGGAGAGCACGUCAAGGCGGCCAAAUUAUAUCGCUCUCGAUGAUGCUCCACGAAUGAGAGAAUAUGUUCAGACUCGAGGACAGCACUCAAGACGGAAACGUAAACCACUGAUUGCCGCCGAUUCUCGUGGUAUUGAAAAAUUUGAACGGCCAAGGAUUGUUAGUUCUACCAUCGUCUUUGUCCCAAACUCUCAGGAAUUGCCGUCGGAAAAUUUCUCCAAUCGAGCACCGGAAGGGAUGAUACUUCCCGGGCGAGCACAAAUCUCCCAAUCAGGAGACUGUACAAUCUUUCUCGCAGUUGAGCCCGCUAACAAGAUCGACACUUAUACCGAAUUUCUCGGAGAGCUUUACGUGUCCAAACUCCUCGAGAAGUAUCUCGGAAGAAAAUACGAUCCAUAUGCUCAAUGGACUAGUCAAUAUCGCCACCUGGCAGGGUAUUCGCCUUUUGAAACGGAGAAGCGGUCCAUGGCGACGUUCACACUUUACGACGGAUCCGCAAUGACGGAAUUCCUCAUUCAGUCGGGUUCCGGAUGGAGGUGGAAUGGCAAUUAUCCACUUUACCACAUUUUGGUAAAGACUACAAAUGGUGGGCAAGAAUCUCCGUUUACGAUGAGUACCGAAGAGAUGGAAAUGAUCCGUACACAUCGAGUGCCCGAAGACAAGCGCCCAUCACAAGUCCUCAUCCUUGUCAGGGUGUUUGACAUGCGGUCAACUGCCAGCGCAUCGUUCUUUGUAGAUCCAUGGAGCAUGUAUGCCUCCGGUGGGAUGCAGAUUGAUGCCCAGAACGACUCCUAUACCGCUAAGAUCCGCCUAGCUUCACCUCAUCUUCUAUUCAACAACUUCGAAAUCGGUGAAGUUUCCGUUACCCGCUCAUUCAGAGACACCUUCCAUUUCUUCACAUCUUACUUGCGAGAUUCGGGCGAGUUAUGGACUCGGAUAAUGCUCCAGAGCGACGAACGGAAGUACACCUAUAAACCCCUCCAAAAAGGCUCCUUCAUACGCUUGUUGAGGCUCUAUCCCGGAAAUGGCCAGGAAGAACUGAAAGGCGAACUGAAACGCGUGUCGCUUGAAAGCGCCAAGUCCAAAAAUCCAUUCGUGGCGUUAUCUUACGCCUGGGGCAAUGGCUUGAAGCCCUUUGUUCUCGAUAUCGGAGGGACGAGAACCAUAAGGAUUACCGCUUCUCUAUAUUUCGCCUUGAAACGGCUGCGAGAAGAGAAAAGGUCCAUCCUCGUAUGGGCAGAUGCAAUCUGUAUCGAUCAAAACAAUGACCAUGAGAAAGGCCACCAAGUGCGUUUGAUGUCGACCAUCUACAAGUCGGCCCUGCGUGUGUGCGCUUGGUUGGGGAAUGAAGCAGACCAAAGCAAUUCGGCUAUAGAUUGCCUUUGUGCCAUCAAAAGGGCAUCCCAAUCCUCGAAUCAGGCGGCCACAGUGCCGUUGCCUUCGGCGGAAAAUCCAGUGUGGGAUGCUAUAAACAAGUUUUUCGAGCGCGAUUGGUUUCGAAGGGUCUGGAUCGUCCAAGAACUCGUUCUUGCACCGCACAUUAUCUUGUUAUGCGGUAGCCGAAAGUUUCAGUGGGAUGAUAUUUACAUCCCGGCGACGUUGUGUUCAGUAGAAGCAGAGAAGUCAAACGCUGCUCUCAUGAAGUCGGUUUCUCAGACCAUGGCGCCCGUGCUGAGCCUGGGGAGGUUGAGGAGCGUAUGCCACGGCAAGGAUAACAACACGGCCCAGCGGGGACUGCUCACCCUGUUCAAAGAUUUCGAACAUACGAGAUCGUCACGUCGUCGCGACAAACUGUUUGCCUUUCUCGGGUUGGCUUGCGAUGCUGACGAUUCAGGCUUCGACCCGGACUACGUGGCACCGCUCGAGGCCGUUGUGCGAAAAUAUGCAGGUGUCUUUGUCCAACGUGCGAAAGGAAUGGAACUCUUAUAUCAUGCAGGUAUCACCGAUUUGGAAUCUGCCACUCGUUUUCCUUCGUGGGUGCCAAAUUGGGUGACGACCACCUACCCGAGGACGAUCACCACCUGGAAGAGCAAAUCUGGGCGAUUCACGGCGGGUUCUCAUCUUGAGGAUGAUAUCAAAGUGUCACCACAAAACGAUGCUAUAUUGACCGCCACGGCUUACAUUGUCGACCGAAUCGCUCAGGUGGGGCAGACCUCCUUUGCCGCAUCGGACCGAAUCAUAUACCUGAAAGAGGUCUUCAGUGUCAUCGAAUCAAUCCGUACCUACCCGACCAAAGACAACCUGAAAGAUCUAGUCUGGAAAGUCCCCAUCGGAGACGCUCUCCAUCCACCUUCAGGGAGUUGGAACGAAGUCGAUUUCUGCGUGUCAUACCAGGCUCUCGCCGAGUACUUGCAGCUAGGCGACGAAACCACCGACUGGAACGCCGAAUUCAGCAAGAUUCGCGCUGUUGCCAAAAUGAAACAGUUUCUGUUCCGACCCCAGGAAUUGAGACGGUUCCUGUGGCCUUAUCUUUUCACCGCACAGGAGUUUGCGGAAAGGUUCGUCGACGCGAAGGUGUGCAUUACAAAGAAGGGAUAUGUUGGUAUUGUACCCGGAGCAGCCCGUGUGGGCAGUCUGGUCGCCGUGUUCUACGGUAGUGCAGUCCCGUUUGUUAUUGAUGAGAAUGAGUACUUUCGACGGUGUUAUCGGCAUAUAGGGGAGUGCUACAUUCACGGAAUCAUGCAUGGAACUGAGAAUCGGGAUUCUGGAUUGUUCCAAAGCCUUCCGGUGAAAGUUGUCCACCUAUGCUAA